GAAGAGAGUUUUGUGGUUUUCCUCGGAAAGCCCGGCGUCCAUGGCGCCCGGGAGCGGGGAGAGCUGGGCCCAGCAGCUGGCGGCCUUCCGGACCAGCCCUGCGGCCUUCCUGGCGGGCCCCAAGGGGGAAAACCUGGCCGCCAACCUGCUAAGGGACCUUCGGAGCGACAAGCUGAGCGACCAGACCAAGGCCUCCCUGUUGGCCCUGACGCUGGAGUACCCGGCCCAGCUGUGGCCCGACCGGCCCUCGGCCGAACAAGCGGCCGCGGCGCUGCUGGACGCGCUGCCCCUCCUGCCCGCCCGGGCCUCGGCCCUGCGGCGGCCGCUGCUGAUGGCCGUGACCACCGUCCUGGUGGCCGGGGACGCCCUGGGCCCGGGCUCGGGGGCGUCCGGCCGCCUCCUGGCCCUGCUGCUGCGGCUCGCGGCGGGGAGCCUCGAGCAGGGCGCCUUGCGGACGACGGCCUGCGAGUGUCUGUGGGAGCUGGAGAGCUGCCGGCCCGGACUACUAGCCGGGCAACUGGGGCUGCUGAGGGCCCUGCAGACCCAAGCCAACGCCAGGCUGCUGCAGGCGCUCAGCCUGCUCUACGCGCUGGCCCUGCGCAACAAGUUGCGAGCCCUGGCGCGGGCGGCCUGCGAUUGGCUGCCCGAGGACGCCGAGGCCCGGCCGGGGCCCUGCGAUUGGAUGCUGGCGGGGAGCGAGGGAGAAAGGCGGCAAAUCUCAGCCCGAGCUGCUGAUUGGUCGGAGAGCCCGGCGACUCGCGAUUGGCUGCCCGAGGACGCCAGGAACGCGCCGCGACGUUCGGAUUGGACGCUGGCGGGGAGUAAGGGAGAAAGGUGGCAGAUCUCGGCCCAAGCUGCUGAUUGGUCGGGGAGCCCGGCGGCCCGCGAUUGGCUACCCGAGGAUGCCAGGAACGCGCCGCGACGUUCGGAUUGGACGCUGGCGGAGAGCGAGGGAGAAAGGCGGCAGAUCUCGGCCCAAGCUGCUGAUUGGUCGGGGAGCCCGGCGGCCCGCGAUUGGCUGCCCCAGGACGCCAGGGCUGGGCCGCGACGUUCGGAUUGGACGCUGGCGGGGAGCGAGGGAGAAAGGCGGCAGAUCUCGGCCCGAGCUGCUGAUUGGUCGGGGAGCCCGGCGGCCCGCGAUUGGCUGCCCCAGGACGCCAGGAACGGGCCGCGACGUUCGGAUUGGACGCUGGCGGGGAGCGAGGGAGAAAGGCGGCAGAUCUCGGCCCAAGCUGCUGAUUGGUCGGGGAGCUCCGCGGCCUGCGAUUGGCUGCCCCAGGACGCCGAGGCCCUGCCGGGGCGCUGCGAUUGGACGCCGGUGGGGGGCGUGUCCGACACCGCCCCCUUGCGGCCCGAGGACGCCAAGGAGCUGCGCGUGGCGCUGGCCCAGCUCUUGGACGCCUCCUACCUGCUGACGGCGCCUGCGCAGGGCGUCCUGCUGGGGCUGCUGAGCCACGUGGUGGGCGUCGUGCGAGGGCAGCCCCCGGCCCUCUUCAAACCGCAGCUGGUGCGGCUGCUGGGCACGGCCCACCCCUGCCUCCUGCACGCCGUCCUGGGCCUCAAGGCCGCCUUCGGGGAGGCCCUGUUCACCGGCCAGGACGAGGCCCUGCUGCUGCGCAGGCUUGUGGCCGCGGCCCAGCACCCUUCCUUGCCCCCGCCGGCCCGCCUCUUCCACCUGCACUGCCUCCUGCACUUCCCCGAGAACCGGCCCCUGGGCCCCACCGGGGAGGAGGGCACCCCGGUGCUGCUCACCCCGCGCCUGGCCGCCGGCCUGUUCCCCAGUCUCCUGCAGGAGCCCCCCGCCCUGUUGGCCCGGCUGGGCCUGCUGUGCCUGCUCUGCCUGGAGGAGCCCGGGGACCGGGAGGACGGGCAGCGCACGCUCGGCUACCUGCGGGGGCUGCUGGCCGGCCUGAGGAGGGCCGCGGCCCACCCCCGCGGGCCCCGGGCCACCGCCACCCUCUGCUUCCGGGCCACCUGCCUCGUGGCCCGCUGCUUCUCCGCCCGCCCGGCCCUCCUGGAGGAGCUGAGCGGGGGGCUGGCCCGGCUCUACCGCGCCCGGCCCUCCCUGGCCCCCCAUUUCGUGGACCUGCUGGACCAGGCCGGCGAGGCCCUGGCGGGCCCGCUGGGGGCCAGGCUGCAGAGGGAGGCCGUGGAGGGGCCCGGCGGGCCCGGCGCCCUUCCCUGGCACCUGCAGAUCCUGGCGCGGGUGGCGGGCGGCCACCCCCCGGGCCCCACCUUGGCCUUCCUGCGCGGGGCGGCGGGGCCGGGGGGCGGCUGGGCCCGGGAGCAGGCCCUGCUGAGGGUGGGCCGGGCCCUGCUGCGGGCCGGCGCCGGGGGGAUCGGCUCGGGGCUGGCCGACCUGCUGCAGGAGCUGGCCCGCUCCCUGGGGGACCCCGACGGACGGGACCGGGCCCGCCUCUACUACAGCCUGCUGACCCACCUGGGCGGGCCCAAGCUGGGGGCGGCCCUGGGCCCGUCGCCCUGCGCCCCCGCGCUCUGCUCCUCCCUGGCGGCCGAGAGCGCGGGCUUCGCCGCGGCGCUGACCGUGCAGGAGGAGGGGCGGGCCCCCCUGCGACUGAGCCGGGCCGAGGCGGGGGACCCCGGCCCGGAGGCGUCGAGGCUGCUCCUCCGCAUGGAGGCCCUGGAGCCCCUGUACGCCCUGGAGUUGCGCUUCCGGGUCCUGGAGCCGCACUUGGAACCCCUGCCCGCCGUGCACGUCCCGCACCUGCGCCCGGGAGCCCCCUCCCCGCCGCUGCACCUCGCCCUGCGGCCCCGCCGGCCCUAUCCCGCCUGCCUGGCGGUCAGCGCCCUGUACGCCACCCCCGCCGGCCUCACCUGCCACGCUGUCCUGCCCCCGCUGCACGUGGCCUUCGCCGACCUGUUCCUAACCUUUGCCCUGCCCGCCCCGGCGGAGGCUCGCGCCUCCCUCUUCGACCAGCUCUGGGCCUCGUGCCUGCCCGAAGGGGCGGAGAGCCGCGUGUGGUGGCCCGUGGGGCCCGCGGAGCUGGAGGGCUUCGUGGCCGAGCACCUGGGGCCCUUCGUGGUGGUGGCCUCCCCUCCCAGCAGCUUCCUCGUGGCCAUCCGCCUGCCUCCCGCCUCCCGCCUGCUCCUGCGGGUGGAGGGGGCCGGCAGGACCGGGGCGCGGGUGGCUCUGAGGACGGACGACUGGGGGCUGCUCCCCCACGCCGGCGAGUACCUGCGGGGCCUGGUGGUGGCCGCCUAAAGGCCAGGGGCCGGGCCCCCGGACAUUCCCCGCUCUACUACACUUCCUCUGGAGCCAUAAAGUUGUUGAUGGGCAAUUGAGAGACUGAAACUUUUUCCGUUACCCAGAGGGAAGGGAGCUGGGAGUUGGACCAGCCCAACCCCUGCCUCUACCUUCACGGGCCACGCACCUACUCUGAGCUACCACCCCAUGGGAUCCUGUACCCUCAGAUGGGGCAACAUAGAAUCAAUCAAUCAAUCAUAUUUAUUGAGCGCUUACUGUGUGCAGAGCACUGGACUAAGCAGUGGCAGCCAGUAGAACCUCUUUCCUGGUCACCCCUUCUAGACUGGGAGUCCCCUUCUAGACUGUGAGCCCACUGUUGG